GGACACACAGCACAGCGUAUUUGCUCAACAUCUUGUUGUGUAUCCUUCCUCGAGAUCUCUACAAACACGGCCUUUCGUUACAUGACGCAAAUUCUCACGCAAUUGCUUGGUGGUACCAAUGUGUCUGUGUGGUGGGUGAGAGGUCAAUUAAUAUGACUUAAAUCGAGGUCGCUCUGUGCUCGUGUUUAUGUUUUUUUGAAGGGGAUAAAGAGGCGCCUUGUGACUGUGUUUCUCUUUGGGUUGAAAAUGGCUGCCCCAACCAACUCUUUCUUAGUAAUCGCUGCUGGCCCCAUAGCAAACAGCGAUUGCACAUAAAACAUACAUUACAAAUACAAGGGGAGAAGAACAAAAAAAACAUUUUUUUUUUCUUUUUAAAUGAACAAACCGCCAAGCCCUUGACUAAUGUGAACUCAACGGGCGAGCACUGAUGUGUGUGCGAGAAGAGACACAUUGUAAAUCUGCAAAGUUAAAAGCAAGCCGGACGGUGUUUUUUUUUUUUUUUUGUUGUCGUUGUUAUUAUUGUUGCAAAUUUUAAAUGAAACUAACGGGAAUAUCUUUCUCAAGAAGUGGAUUACAACUACAGAGAAAAGCGAGCCCAGCUGCAGCGUUGUUAAUUCUUUUGGGAGUCGAGCAUUGGGUACGAGGCGGCGGAUUGUAUUUGAUCCUGUUAAGUUUUAUUCGGGUCUUUUCGUGUUUUUAUUAAAGGAAUCGUUGUAUCUGUGAUUCGUAUGUUCUCGAUCGGGCGCUUCCCUGUUUUGAUUCGAAGUGAGAUUAGCCAACGCUUCUUUCCAAAUGGGAGUAUUUUGAUGUGUGAAGAAGGUUUCAAGACUGCAGCGUAAAAGGUCUCUCUGCCAGGGAGAUCGGGUUCAGGGGAAGGAAUGGAUGAACAGAAAUCGAACAGCGAGGAGGAAACCUCAGCUGAUGACAGCGCCCCCCCAGAGCAGCCUGCCCCUUCUGAGGGGGACCCAGAGCCACCAGCUGCCACCUCCAAGACCGAGGAACACACACCGGAUCCCCCAGGCCAGCCCAGCAGGGAGAAUCAGCAGGGUUGUGCUUUCUGUAACUGUGGCGGGAGGAGUUUACAUGGACAGAGAGAACUGCGCAGCUUUGAACCCUCGGAUAACCGGCCAGAGCUGCCCCCUGAGAGUGACCAGGCUGCUGGACAGAUCGGGGAGGAAGCGAGGGCACAAGGGCUCUCGGAUGACCUGUCCAGCAUCGGCUUUGCAGACGGCUUCUCGGCAUCUUUACUGUUUGACCAAACAGGUCGUUGCUGGGCUCAUCACUGGUGUGCAGCCUGGUCAGCAGGAGUUCAGCAAGACAGUAGCCAAGGACUAGCUGGUGUGGACAGGGCAGUCGCCUCGGGGAUCAAGCAGCGAUGUGAAUACUGUAAGAGGCUGGGUGCUACCAUUCGGUGCCAGUCGGAAGCGUGUUCGCGGUUCUAUCACUUCCCCUGCUCUGCGGCCAGUGGUUCAUUCCAAUCCAUGAAGCAUUUAGCUCUUCUUUGUCCGGAGCAUGUGGAUAAGGCAGUUGAAAUAGCGAAGGAAGAGGCUCGCUGCGCGGUGUGCGACUCCCCCGGGGAGCUCCUGGACCAGUUGUUCUGCACCGGCUGUGGGCUUCACUACCACGGGGCGUGCCUGGAGAUCAGCGCCACGCCACUCAAGCGCUCAGGCUGGCAGUGCCCGGAGUGCAAAGUGUGCCAAACCUGCAGGCAGCCUGGUGAGGACUCCAUGAUGCUGGUGUGCGAUGCCUGUGAUAAGGGUUACCACACCUUCUGUCUGCAGCCAGCCAUGGAAUCCCUGCCUACCGACACAUGGAAGUGCAAGAACUGCCGCGUGUGCAGCGAGUGUGGAACCCGGGGCUCGGCAUCGCACAGCGGGGCCCUCUGGUAUGAGAACUACUCCCUGUGUGAGAGCUGCCACCGGCACCGCAGCGCUGUGUGUGUCAGCUGCGGGAAACCAACCCCAACGGAGAGCCUUCUGUGCUGCCAGACGUGUCGAGGGUGGGUGCACCGUGAAUGUACAGGUCUCUCGGAAACCCCAGCUGGCAAGUACACCUGUGUCUUAUGCAGGGGCUCCUCUCCAGCAGUGGCAGUCGCUGACAAAGCCGCUGCCCAGGACACAGGCACACCGAUGGAGCUGGGGAAAGAGUCCGACUCGGAGGACAGAGAGGUGAAGGAGAGGCUGCAACAGGGAACAGAAACGCUGGCAGCUCAUCGGGAGCAGCCCUGCGUCUCUCCACACACGGAGGCUGCAAAGAGCGGUGGGAAUGACAUCCAACCUGAGGAUAUCGGCAUCGACAAGGAGCCUGAAAGCCUGCCAUCCCAGGACUGCGAGACAGGGGGCGCAGGCGAACACAAGGAAGAACGGUGCGCCCCUCUGGAACCUGGGGUUCCAUCAGAGUCUGGGGAAACCAACUCCGGGCAGGACUCUGAAGACACAGACUCUAAGACCCAGAGCGUUCCCCUGGCCUCUGGAGAUCCCCCCAGUGAUGGGGAGACCCAGGCUGCCUCCACCUCCCCACAAAGCAAUCGGACUAAGAGCCCUUGCAAAGCUCCUUCAGAUGAAGUGGAGGAGGCAAUGGAGGAGGGGGAUCCCAAACCCUCUGAAAUGCAGCACGCAGUCCCGGAAGGAGGGAGCAGCCCUUCCCCUCUGCGGCCUGGCGCUGGGGAUUCCCUCCUGGACCCUCUGGAGGACUCUCAGGAGGAGGAGGAGGAGGAGGAGGGCUGCGAGAAAGUGUCUCCCAUGGAGGACUUGGCGGCAGAGAAUAAGCUAAAGCAGGAGGAGCCCGAGGUCGACACCGAGCAGGAGGCAGCGUCUCCCCCUGGCAGGAGGAGGAGCAGUGGCGGCAGCCUGGUGAUGAAGCCGGAGUACAUGGACGAGAUGUCCAACCUGAGCCACGAGGAUGCCAGCAGCAGCGGCUUCCUGGAGUCCCCCGGAGAGCCCGACUCCUCCCUCUCCAUGGAACUGGGCCUGGUGUCGGCCAGCCGGGCGCGCUCCGACUCGCUGCUCACAGAGACCGACGACUCGCUGCCCUUCGACCCCGGCGCCAUGAAGAUGGAUGGAGAGAAGGUCAAGAGGCGGAACUCCCCGGGGCGAUCGCGGAUCAAACAGGGCCGCAGCAGCAGUUUCCCUGGUAAACGGCGUCCUCGCGGUGGGGGAGGGGGGAGGGGCCGCGGCCGGUCCCGUCUCAAAGCCAUGGCCUCCUGCAUCGAGGCUUUCCUGUGCAUGGACGUGGAGGCCUCCCCCAGUAAGGAAGAGGACGAUGAAGAGGAUGAUACGAUGCAGAACACGGUGGUGCUGUUCUCCAACACGGAUAAAUUCGUUCUGUUGCAGGACAUGUGUGUGGUUUGUGGCAGCUUUGGCCGAGGCGUAGAGGGGCAGCUGCUGGCAUGUGCCCAGUGCGCCCAGUGUUACCACCCCUACUGCGUCAACAGCAAGAUUACCAAGAUGAUGCUGAGCAAAGGCUGGCGCUGUCUGGAGUGCAUCGUGUGCGAAGUGUGUGGCAAGGCCUCGGACCCGGCACGCUUGCUGCUGUGUGACGACUGUGACGUCAGCUACCACACGUACUGCCUGGACCCCCCUCUGAACACUGUACCCAAGGGAGGCUGGAAAUGCAAGUGGUGUGUGUGCUGCAUGCAGUGUGGAGCCACCUCCCCUGGUUUUCACUGCGAGUGGCAGAACAACUACACCCACUGUGCCCCCUGCGCCAGCCUGGUGGCCUGCCCAGUCUGUCGAGAGAACUUCAUGGAAGAGGAUCUGCUGCUGCAGUGUCAGCAUUGCGACCGGUGGAUGCACGCAGUGUGUGAGACGCUCUUCACUGAGGAUGAGGUGGAGCAGGCGUCUGACGAGGGAUUCAUCUGCUCAGGCUGCUGCCCGUAUGUGCCCAAGCCUGCCGUAGUGGAAGCACCUGUCAGCACUCCUGUUAAAGUGAAGGAGCCAGAGCCUCAGUUCCACAGGCUGGAGGGGGUCUGGCUGACUGAGUCCGGGAUGUCUCUGCUCCGCAGCAUCUCCAUCUCUCCUCUCCACAAGAGGCGGCAGCGGCGCUCCCGAUUGGGUACGCUGUGUGGGGAGGCGGGGCCAGAUGGGCUGGAGCUGAAGGAAGUAGAUGGAGACGGGGACGAGGUCAAAGGAGGGGUAGAGCCCAUGGACUGUGACUCCAAACUGGACGUCCUGGGAAGCCCUGGCCGGGAGGGGGGUCCCGAGAGAGACGCAGAGGGGGGCCCGGAGACGGAAGGGGGGAAGGCAGGAGCGGAGGAGACAGACGAAGGAAAGAAAAGGAAAAGAAAACCCUACAGACCAGGGAUCGGUGGGUUCAUGGUUCGGCAGAGGAAGUCUCACACACGGGCGAAAAAGGGGCAGCUUCCCCAGCUACUGCCAGGAGAGGCAGGAACAGAGGGUCCCAGCACUGAGAGGAACCCAGAGGAAGGUGCUCCCCCGUGUACCCCAAUCGAUGGCCCAUCCGAUCCCAAAGCAGCCGAGCCAGAAGGGGAGCAGGCAAAGAAACGGAGAGGCAGGAAGAAAAGCAAGCUGGAGGACAUGUUUCCUGCUUAUCUCCAGGAGGCGUUCUUUGGGAAGACGCUGCUGGAUAUCAGCCGGAAGGCUGUGAAGGAUGGGGGUGGAGCUCAGCGACUGGCACAGGGGCUGCACCGGCCUGCCCAGCCCAGCACCACCCUGCAGACGACCCCACAGGAGUCUGCAACCUCCCUGACAUCGCAGGAGCAAGCAGGGGCUGCGAAGGACAGAGUUGCUGCAGACGGCACCCAGCUCAAAGAGGAGGGCAGUCGAACAGCAGAUAACCAGGGAGACGAUGCUGGUGCGGCUGCUGCUUCUGGUACAGAGCCACCUUCCUCUCCCAAGGAUAAGACCUCGACUCCAGCAGAGGGCACUCUGAGCUCUGAUACAGACAAGCCUUCUUCAGAUGGUUUGCCCUCGGGGGUAGAGAGCCAGGAUUCCCAGCAGUUCUUUCGGAAGGUUUUGGGGAUGAAGGAUGGCGCCACGCUCACCGGAAACCUGCAGGCGACCAUGCGUCCCAUACUGGAGACCACUGGGAGCACGGGAGACCUGAGCAGACAGACGCUGUCCCAGAGAUCCUUCAUGCCAGGUGGCUCCUUGACUGGUGCGCUCCCCUCUACUGGGAUAAUGGAUCCAUUCCCGGGGCUCUCGCAGUCCCCCUUUUUCGAUAGCAGGGAUCGGAGCGGCUUGUUCAGCCCAGACCAGGGGGACCCAGACAGCCCCUGGGCCACCCCCUCCACCCCAGCCACUCCCUCCACUCCCCCAACCCCCACAGAGCAGGACAGCGACGGGCUCUCCUAUAACCAGCGCAGCCUGCAGCGCUGGGAGAAGGACGAGGAGCUGGGGGAGCUCUCCACCAUCUCCCCUGUGCUGUACGCCAACAUCAACUACACCAACCUCAGGCAGGACUACCCAGACUGGUCUAACCGAUGCAAACAAAUCAUGAAAAUGUGGAGAAAGGUUUCAGCAGCUGACAAAGUGCCCUAUCUGCAAAAGGCCAAAGACAACAGAGCAACUCAACGCAUUAACAAGGCACAGAAGCAGGCAGAGAGCCAGGUCACCCGGCCAAUAAAGACUGAAUUCAAGCAGAAAGGGGAGAGGCCAGCCCUACACCUGCACAUCCCUCCUCCCUCCGGCACAAUCUCCACCCCCUCCCAGCCCAGCUCUGCUGAGAGCCCCUUCCCGUACAGCCAGGACCCGAGCACUUCCUUCUUCCCCAGCACCGGGCCUCCAGCCUCGGAGGGGAUGCUCAGAACUCCUGGAUCAGUGUCUGGGAUGGAAGUGCAGGGUGACCCCUUUACAAAAAUGCCACCUCAAUCGCCCCACCAUCACUACAGCAACCCCUCAACGCCUUUCUCACAGUCUUCCAGCCCCAUGCAUGCCUCUUCUGGCUUCCAGAUGCCCCCAGGGAUCCCCCAGGGUAGACCUCCUAGCUUGGGCACCUUGGAUCUGCAACCUGGUACUCCAGGUACCCCAAGGCGCCCUCAACCAAUGGCCAAUGAUCCCUUCCUGAGACCCCAACAGCAGCAAGCUGGUGGUGCCCUCCAGGAGCCCUUGGCUCCUCCCGAAAGCCCAAGGCUGAGGCAGGGUCCUGCUGCAGGAGAAUGCUUUUCAAAACCUGGGGAGUCCCCCUUGCUUUCCCAACCCCCGACACACUUUGGGGACCUUUUCAGGGUCAGAAUGGAACAGAGGCAAGAAUGUGGGAUGACUUCCUCCUCCCCUGCAUCCACUCCUGGGCUGGGACAGAGGCAGGAUUUCAUGGGGCUCCCUUCCCCAGCACCUACUGCCUCCAUGGGUCCCCGGCCGGAUUUUGGCAUCGGUUCGCCCGCCUCUGCUGCUGUAUCUGGGUUCCCUGAUGGCAGUGGGCACAGUGACGUUUUUAAAGCUCCCAUGACUCCCCGAAUGCACCAGGGGGAGCAGGUGAACCCUCUUCAGGGCUACUCCACCCCUCAGCACCCGGGGGCCUCCCCCCAGCAUCACACAGACCAGUACAGACAGUCUCCUUCAACCCCCUUCUCUGACCCAUACGCCCAGCCCCCACUCACUCCCCGGCCCCAGUCUGGGGACAGCUGCUCCCCUCUGCCCCAAAGAGGCCUCCCUCUGGACACCUGCUCCAGGGUGCCAGCCAGCCCGCAAUCUCAAGGUAGCUGCCAGUCGCCCCUGACCCCCGGGGCCCUGUCCAACGAUGCCUACUCUUGCCAAUCCCCAGUGACUCCUCGCUUCCAGUCUCCGGACCCUUACUCGCGCCCUCCAUCCCGCCCUCAAUCUAGAGACCCUUUCGCCCCUAUGCACAAGCCACCCCGGUCCACUGCAGGGGAGCCCAGUUACAGGACCUCUCCCCACGUCAGCCAGCCAGGCACCCCUAUGGGGGACUCCCUUCCCAAGGGCCCUUCUGCCCAGCCGAGCUUUGCCAGGAGCCCCAGCGUGGGCCUGUUCCCCAGCCCCCAGCACCAGACUCGAGUGGUGCCAGCAACCUACGCUGAAGCUGCAGUACACUCCCCGUCGCACCAGCCUGGCGCACCCCAGCACGCUCCGGCCAUGAACGUGAACAUGAACAGCUUCGCCCUGCGCUCCCCAGAUCCCUCCUUCCAGCCCCAGAGGGCGUCUCUGGUCCGCAUGCCAGAGAGGCGGGAGGAAGCGCCCAGCCCCCAGGAGCUUCCUGACCUUUCAUUGAGCCAGGACCCGUCACUCAGUGGCCUCAGCCAAUUGGAGCUUGAGAAGCACAGACAGAGACAGAGACUGAGGGAGCUGUUGAUCAGGCAGCAGAUGCAGAGGAACUCGCUGCGUCAAGAGAAAGAGGCGGCGGCAGCAAACAGUGGCGCCACCACCUGGCCAGGGGAGACUGCAGGCUACCAGCAGGACAAAUCACAGCGGGCUCCACCGCCCUACCCCGCCGUGCAGGAGAGAGCUGCUACAGGAACAGGAAGUCCCGCCUCCCUGGAUGAUAAGGUGAUCCGACCCCCACCAGCCGGAACUCCAGCUGUCCUCGACCCCAGUGUGAUCAGGCAACCUGUGACCAGCAGCCCCCAAGGUUUUUACACCAGGGGUCCCUUCCCAGGGCAGUGGCAGGGCCAGCCAGGGGCCAUGAGACGCUUCCCACAGCCUUCCGGAAUAGAGGGGGGUCCCAGACACCCCCUCAAUAUAGCGGUCAGCAACAUGCAAGGCCUUCCACCCAGACAGCUGGUACAGGCACAGACGGAGGCAAUGCAGGCUCCCCACGCCCCCAUGGUCCCUCAAUUCAUUGAGCUCAGGCACAAUGCACAGAGACUCCCGGUGGGGGCCCAGUUUGUCCCGAGGAGUCCCCAGCCACGGACACGACUCUUCCUGCCCAACCAGGAAGUGGGUGGCCCUUACACCCAGCCUCUCCCCCCACCACCAGAGGGAGUCAGAGGGCCAGGAGUUGGGGUGCAGCCAGUAACGGCAGGGGCACUGAUGAUGCCUCAACACAACACUGUGCCUCCUUCUCCUCAUCAUCCACAAUCUCCCAGUACUGCCCCACAGCCUCCUCAUCCUCCUGCCAGUCUUCCCCAGCCAGUGGGACACCCUUCCACCAGCCGGCCUUGUCUACUCCCCUGCCCGGAACCCGAGCUGGAUGACGACUUCGGCUCCCACAAGGGCCUGGAGGGGGAAGAGGAGGAGGAUGAUGACCUGGCUAACCUGAGUCUGGACCCAGACAAGGCAGAUGAUGACCUGGACAGCCUGGAGACCGCGGACCCCCACCUGGACGACCUCCUGAAGUGCGAUGAGUUCGACCUGCUGGCCUACACCGACCCCGAGCUGGAUGUGGGUGACCGCAAGGACAUCUUCACAGAGCAGCUGCGGCUGGUGGAAGCGGAGAGCGACGUCGGCUCGGACAGCAAGGGGGACCCCCAGAAAUCGCAGGAAGGGGACUCCUCCCAAGGGCGUCGGAACCCACAAGCCCUGGCAGCCCCCAGCACUGCUGCUCCAACCCCUGCUGCUGCUGCUCUAGAUCGGGGUCGUGAAGCACAGCCACCCCCUGCCCCAGAACUGGGCAACGUGGACCUGAAGAAACUGAAACAAGAGGACGACGGUUCCCAGACGUACACCUGCCAGUUCCAGCGAGAGCAGAAGCCAGUUAAAGAGCUGUGUCAGGUGAAGGACGAAGUAGGAGAGGCAGUGUCCAUGUUGCUCCACCCCAAACAGGGGUCUUCGAAUGGGCUUUUCCCGCAGGGUGGCGGUGCCCCUAGCUCCAGGACUGCAUCUCUGAGUUCUGUGAGGAUCGCUGGCCUGCCGUUCCCCAUGAACAGCCCUUCCCACCCCCUUCCCUACACUCCUCCCCCGGCCUCUGACCGGCCUGGCAUGGCCAAAUUCGACCUGGACGAGGAUCCUCUGAGCCUCCCGGAUGGGCAGCACUCUCCGGCCGUUGACCUGGACAAAGUGGAGAGCUCUCUGGAAGCCAGCGAGCUGCCCCUGCUAAUACAGGACCUACUGGAGCACGAGAAGAAGGAACUGCAGAAACAGCAGCAGCAGCAGCAGCAGCAACAGCAUCAAUUGUCCUCCCUACAGCAAGGGGUGAACUCACACCUGCACCCUGUCCAGCAACAGUCUGUUCUGCUCCAGCAGGUGGGACCUCACCGAGCUCCCCCACCUCCUCACGCUCUCAUGGGACAGCAGCAACAGUUCCCCCCGGGGAUGGUUCCCAGGCCAGCUCAGCCGCCCCCCUCUCACAUCAUGCCCCCCCAGCAACAGCAGAGGCUCUUGGGGCCAACCAUGCCCCAACAUGUGGCCAUGGCCCAGGCACAAGGCCUUAUGGGCACGGGUCAGUCGCCCAUUGGAGGACAGCCACAAGGGCACCAUCUGGUCCCAAACCAGCACACCAUUUCAGGAGCGCAGCAACAGAUGGGGAUCAACGUGAAGCAGCAGCAGCUGACCAACAGCUUCUUCCCUGAUACAGAUUUGGAUAAGUUUGCCACGGAGGACAUCUUGGACCCCAUUGCCAAAGCGAAGAUGGUGGCUCUGAAGGGAAUCAAGCGAGUGAUGGCACAGGGCACCAUCGGGGUACCCCCAGGGAUCAACAGGCAACAAGUGUCGCUGCUGGCACAGAGACUGGCUGGUACACCAGGGUCGAGCGAGGCGCAGAACAGACUGCUUCCAGGAACCGGGAAGGAGAGUGAGGGGAGUAGUGAUCCAGCACCAUCUCGACCGAACCCCCCACAGUUCGCCCAGGGAAACAUCAACGAUGCUGAGCUGCGGCAGUACGAGGAGUGGCUGCUCCACACACAGCAGCUCCUGCAGAUGCAGCUCAAGUUCCUGGAGGAGCAGAUCGGGGUGCACAGGAAGUCCCGCAAAGCGCUCUGUGCCAAGCAGCGCACGGCCAAGAAAUCAGGGCGCGAGUUCCCCGAGGCAGACGCAGAGAAACUCAAACUGGUCACAGAGCAGCAGAGCAAAAUCCAGAAGCAGCUGGACCAGGUCCGGAAGCAGCAGAAGGAGCACACAAACCUGAUGGCAGAGUACCGAACCAAGCAGCAGCAGCACCAACAGCAGCAGGGCUCGGCUCACCUGGCCUCCGGGGCCUCGCAGAUAUCCAAACUGCCCGGGCAGCUGCUGCCGGGACCCCUGGGACCGCAGCCUGUGCACGUGCCUCCUAUCGGAGUGUCGGUGCCUGUCCAGCAGGGCCAACCCUUCCUAGGCUCACCUCAGACCCCACACCCUGCGGCUGUGGGUGCUGUCGGCUCAUCCCCUGGCCCUUCUGGAAAUUAUUUCACACAAGGAGGCCCGCUCCCAGGGAACGACAACAGGCUGGUACAGGAGAGGCAGAUGCAGCUGCAGCAGCACAGAAUGCAGCUGUUGCAGAAAAUGCAACAGCAGCAGCAGCAAGGCAUUAUGGGCCAGCAGCAGCAACAAGGUGGUGGUGGGCAGCAAGGGCUCAUGGGUAACCCGCUGAUGGCUCAGCAGCCCCAGCAAGGCAUGAUGGGAAGCCAGCAGGUGGUGCAGACCCCACAGGGUGUUAUGGGUAACCAGCAAGGCAUCAUGGGUGGCCAGCAAAUUGUACCGAACCAACAGCAGAUGGUGCAGAAUCAACCAAGCAUGAUGGGAAAUCAGCAGUUGGCCCAGGGGCCGCAGAACCUCAUGGGCACCCCGCAAAUGACGCAGCCAGGCAUGAUGGGGAAUCGGCAGAUGGUACCGAACCAGCAAGGCAUGAUGGGGAAUCAGCAACCAGCCAUGGCCGGGACCAUGUUGGCUCAGCAGGCGCUGCAAGGCCCUGUGGGUGCUCAGCAGCUCCUGAGAGAAAAGCAGCAAGUCUUAGGAGCCCAGCUAACUGCCCAGCAGCAGAAUAUCCUAGCCCAGCGCCUGCAUCUGUCCCAGCAGCAACAGGCUGCCAAGGGACUGGCUCAUCUCCAGCAGCAAGGGUUCGUAGGGCAGCCUGGUCAGCAAGAUGGUGGAGGACAGCUCCAUCCAGCUCCUUCCCGACCAGGAUCCACCGACCAGGGCUUUCUGGCGCCUUCUACUCCGGGAGGAUCCCAGCAGCAAGAAGGGCAACAGCAGCAGGGAACCCUGGAUGGGCUGCAGCAAGGAACGCCAUUACAGGGUCUUAACCAGGAGCAGAACUCUGGUCCCAAGGAGCAAGGGCUGCUCAGUCCCAGGCCACAGCAGGGCCCCCUGACCCCACUUCGGUUACAACAUCCUGGGUCUGCGGGUGACCAACAGGGGGCAGCGCUGCAGCAACAGCACAGCUUUAUUGGGCAGCAGCAGCACAGCUUCAUAGGACAGCAACAGCCUCAGCCAGGCAUGAGUUCACAGACACAGCAGGCGCAGUUAGCUCUGCAGAGGCAAAGCUCUCUGGAGAAGCCAGGCAAUGGAGGGCAGACCCAAGUAAUUGUGAAGCAGGAGGUGCAGCAGCAGACGUGCUACGUGGGCCAGCACCAAGGAGUGAUGGGGCAGAAACUGGGCCAACCUCAGGGCAUUGUAGGACAGCAAAAUAUGGUUGUGCAACAGCAAGCCAUUGUGGGCCAACAGCAAAGCAUCAUGGGUCAACGCCAUCCAGGCCAGCUGCAGCAAAGCAUCAUGGGUCAGAAGCAAGGCAUGAUGGGGCAGAUGGCUGUUGGCCAGCAGAUAUUGAGGGGUCAACAAGGAAUGAUGGGACAGCGGGCACCUAUGCCCAUGGGCCAGAUCCGAGCCCCCCCAAACAUCCAGGGGCUGAUUUCUCAGAACCCUCAGCUGCGUCACUUAACCCCCCAGCAGCAACAGCAGCUCCAGGCCAUCCUGACACAGCGGCAGCUGCAGCAGGGGCAAAUCCUGAGGCUUUCUGCGGGGCAACCAGCCAUCAGCCAGGCCCAGCCUCUGGGGCAGAGGCUACAAGGAGUUGUAACGCAACAGCAGCAAGGCAUUAUGGGACAGCAAUACCAGCAGCCAAUGCAACAAGGGCUUGUGGGUCUGCAGCAGCAGCAGCAAGGUGCAAUGGGACAGCAGCAACCUCAGCAAGGAGCUAUGGUACAGUCGCAGCAAAUGCAACAAGGUGCGAUGGGACAGCAGCAACCUCAGCAAGGAGCUAUGGGACAACCGCAGCAAAUGCAACAAGGGGCGAUGGGACAGCAGCAACCUCAGCAGGGAGCUAUGGGACAACCGCAGCAAAUGCAACAAGGGGCGAUGGGACAGCAGCAGCAAAUGCAACAAGGUGCGAUGGGACAGCAGCAGCAAAUGCAACAAGGGGCGAUGGGACAGCAGCAACCUCAGCAGGGAGCUAUGGUACAGUCGCAGCAAAUCCAACAAGGUGCGAUGGGACAGCCGCAGCAAAUGCAACAAGGUGCAAUGGGACAGCAGCAACCUCAGCAAGGAGCUAUAGGACAACCACAGCAAAUGCAGCAAGGUGUGAUGGGACAGCAGCAACCUCAGCAAGGAGCUAUGGGACAACCACAGCAAAUGCAACAAGGCGUGAUGGGACAGCAGCAACAACAAGGCUCUGUGGGACAGCAGCAACAAUUGCAGCAGGGUGUCAUGGGACAACAACUCCAGCAAGGGAUUAUGGGGCAACAGCAACUACUAAAGCAGCAGGGGGUUAUGGGACAGGAGCAACGCCAGCAAGGUAUGGCAGGUCAGCAACAAAUCCAGCAAGGUGUCAUGGGGCAACAGCAAGGUGUCAUGGGGCAACAGCCAAUGCAGCAAGGCGUUCUGGGACAGCAGCUACAGCAAGGGGCAAUGGGUCAAAGGCCCCUACAGCAAGGCAUGAUGGGGCAGCAGGUUUGCACGACUCCUCAGGGUCGAAUGAUCAGGCCGAUGUCUCCCAGGCAGCAGCAGCAGCCAGCACGCCAGGGCUCUCCCCAAGAGCAGGCAGCCCUCGCCCAGCAACAGAGAAACCUGAUGGGGCGCCCCAUGCCUCAGCAAACCAGCAUAGGCUUGCGACCGGUGGUGCCAGUGCAGGGAGGCCAACAGCAAGUGUUGGGAAACCAGCCACCCACUCCCACCUUAACCCCUAGCCCCUUCCAGCCAUUGACGCCAGUCAACCAGCAAGGAGUCUCUGGAUCACCAUUACCAGGGUCUCCUUCUGGGACCCUUCCCAUGCGGCCUUCCUCUGUGUCUUCAGAAACGAGCCUGCCACCUUCCAGUCAACAGGAUGCUAAUGCCACUCCAAGCCCUUCCCAGGCUUCAAACACUGGGGCAACUCCCAAGCAGGAACACAAGCUAUCCCCUGUUGGGGAACCCCAGGAGAAGUGCAGCUCCAUGGGGCCAGCAAGGUCUACUGAAACUAAGGCUGCGCUGGGCUUGCCUGACAUCAAAUCAACGUCGGCUGAACCGAUGAAAUCCGAUUCCCAGGAGAGAACCGCACCCCCAGAGGCUUCCCAGCCCGUUGAGCCCAAACCCAGCGGGGGGCAGCCCAUGGAGGUGGAGCGGCAGGCGGGAGUGGAGAGCCAGCAGGGUCCCAGCUGUGUGGACAAUCUCUACAGAAUGACCCUGCAGAACAUCAAGCAGGAACCCAAGGAGGAGAGGCAGUGCGAAGGAGGAGGCGCCGGGGGUGAUGGGAGGACCAGCGCCAUCAAGAGGGAAGCCAACGGGGAGCCAGUGGGGCUGAACUCGGGGAGCCCAGUCACCCCCGGCCCCCGUUCCGAGGCUGGCCAGUUGCUACUGCAGAAGCUGCUGCGGGCAAAGAACCUGCAGCUGGCAGCACACCGGCCAGUGGACGGCAUCCACAGCGAGAUCAACGGGCACAUCGACAGCAAGCUGGCAUUGCUGGAGCAGAAGCUGCAGGGGACCCCGCGCAACAUGGAGGAUCUCCAGGCUUUGAGUAAGAAAGCACCGGGAGCAAAACCGAAACGGGUGCCCAAGUCUGGAGAGAAGCUGGCCAACUCGAGGAAGAAGAGCAAGAAAGAGGAAGGAGGGAAGUCGGCAGAGGCUCUGAUGAAGCAGCUCAAACAGGAGCUCUCCCUUCUUCCUCUCAUGGAGCCUUCCAUCACGGCAAACUUUGACCUCUUCGCCCCCUUUGGAAGCAGCCCCAUCAACGGGAAAAACCAACUGAAGGGGGCGUUCGGUAACGCUGUGCUGGACAGUGUCCCAGACUACUACUCCCAGCUUCUCACCAAGAACAACCUGAGUAACCCGCCCACGCCCCCCUCCUCUCUGCCCCCCACCCCUCCCCCCUCGGUGCAGCACAAGAUGGUGAACGGGGUCACCGCGGUGGAGGAUCUGCCUGAGGGGUGCAAGGAACCUGAGGCCCCCUCCGAGCCUGAAGAAACCAAAGACUCCUCUGCUGAAGAAGUGAAGAGUGUGGACCUGCUAGCUGCUCUCCCAACCCCUCCCCACAACCAAAAUGAAGACAUAAGAAUGGAGAGUGAUGAGGACAGUGACGCCCCUGACAGCAUCGUCCCAGCCUCCUCCCCAGAGAGCGUGCUGGGAGACGAGACCUCUCGCUUCCCCCUACUCACCGACCUCAAAGAGGAGGAUCUGGAGAGAGCCGUCUCUCCUGUCAUCCCCAUCAUCCCACGGGCAUGCAUUCCUGUUUUUCCUGAAAACAAACCCUUCGAAAUGGUGAACUCUUCCUUUCCCGAACAUGCUGGGAAAGUGGCAUCUGCGAGCGGUCCCUGGGAGAAAGCAAAGGGAAGCGAGGUCUCUGUGACCUUCACACUGUCUGCCGCGGCUGCAAAGAACCUGAACACCGUGAUGGUGGCGAUGGCACAGCUCCUACACAUGCGCAUCCCCAACUCCUACGAGGUGGCUUUCCCAGAGAGUCCCGGGCGGGGCGUCCCAGACCAGAGGAAGUCCCCCGCGGAGCUGCAGGCUCCAGCGGUGCUGGCCGGGAAGCCGAAGGCAGCAGAGGGGGAGAGGACCCCCCAGGAGAAGAGCGACUGGCUGAAGCAGUUUGACGUCUCGCUCCCUGGCUGUACCCUGAAGAAACAGGUGGACAUCCUGUCUCUCAUUAAACAGGAGUCCCCAGAGCUGGAGGAGAAGCCAGUACAGCACUGCUACGUCACCAAUGUGUCCAACCUGGACGUGAGGCACCUGCCAGUGAUCCCAGUGGAGACCUCUCCACCCCAGUCCCCCCCUGCAGCCUCCUCCCCAUCCAGCCUGGCCAAUCCCAUCAAACUAGAGCCGGAGCCUGAGCCCAUCCUACCCCCUCCUCCGCCCCCUCCCAUCCCAGAGCCCCCCAAAGCCAAGCAGCGUAGCCGGCCACCCUCGGAGGACGAGGAGUGCAAGCCCAAGGUGAAGAAGUGGAGAGGCCUGCGCUGGAAACGGCUGCAGCUGCUGAUCACCAUCCGCAAGGCAGGCUCUCGCCGGGAGACGUGGCGUGAGAUCGCGGAGCUCAUCGAGAAGCUGCGAAUCACCCUGCGGCCGGACACCCUGCCCAGGGACCUGCGCAAGUGCUGCUUCUGCCACGAGGAGGGCGACGGGGCCACCGACGGGCCGGCCCGCCUUCUCAACAUCGACCUGGACCUCUGGGUACACCUCAACUGCGCGCUGUGGUCCACGGAGGUGUACGAGACCCAAGGGGGCGCCCUGAUCAACGUGGAGGUAGCCCUUCGGCGCGGCCUGCGGACCAAGUGCGCCUACUGCCAGAAAACUGGCGCCACCAACAGCUGCAACCGGCUGCGCUGCCCCAACGUCUACCACUUCGCCUGCGCCGUCCGGGCCCGCUGCAUGUUCUUCAAGGACAAGACCAUGCUGUGCACCCAGCACAAGCUCAAGGGCCCCAGCGAGGAGGAGCUGAGCUCGUUCGCAGUGUUCCGGCGCGUCUACAUCGAGCGGGACGAGGUGAAGCAGAUCGCCAGCAUCCUGCAGCGCGGAGACCGCAUCCACAUGUUCCGCGUGGGCGGCCUGAUCUUCCACGCCAUCGGCCAGCUGCUGCCCUCCCAGAUGGCCGUCUUCCACUCCUCCAACGCCAUCUACCCCGUGGGCUACGAGGCCUCCCGCAUCUACUGGAGCACCCGCUUCCCCAACCGCCGCUGCUGCUACCGCUGCCGCAUCGGGGAGGCGGACGGCCGGCCACUCUUCGAGGUGCGUGUCCUGGAGGAGGGGCACGAGGACAUCAUGCUCAAGGACACCUCGCCACAAGCAAUCUGGAACCGUGUGGUGGAGCCGGUGGCGCGGAUGCGGCGGGAGGCUGGCAUGCUGAAGCUCUUUGCGGAUCACGUGAAGGGGGAGGAGAUGUACGGGCUGACUGUGCACGCUGUACUGCGCAUCGCUGAGUCGCUGCCUGGUGUGGAGAGCUGUCAGAACUACAUGUUCCGCUACGGCAGACACCCGCUGAUGGAGCUGCCUCUUAUGAUCAACCCCACGGGCUGUGCCAGAUCCGAGCCCAGGGUACUGACGCACUACAAGAGACUUUUCUCUCUUUACCUCCUCUCCAGACCGCACACCCUCAACAGCACCAGCAUGUCCAAAGCCUACCAGAGCACCUUCACCGGGGAGAUCAACACGCCCUACAGCAAGCAAUUUGUGCACUCCAAGUCCUCGCAGUACCGUCGCCUCAAGACGGAGUGGAAGAACAACGUGUACCUGGCCCGGUCCCGCAUCCAAGGGCUGGGUCUGUACGCUGCCAAGGACCUGGAGAAGCACACCAUGGUCAUAGAGUACAUCGGCACCAUCAUCCGGAACGAGGUGGCCAACCGACGGGAGAAGAUCUAUGAGGAGCAGAACCGAGGGAUCUAUAUGUUCAGGAUUAAUAACGAGCAUGUGAUUGAUGCAACAUUGACUGGGGGGCCCGCCCGGUACGUCAACCACUCCUGCGCUCCCAACUGUGUGGCGGAGGUUGUGACGUUCGACAAGGAGGAUAAGAUAAUCAUCAUUUCCAGCCGCAGGAUCCCCAAAGGAGAGGAGCUCACCUACGAUUAUCAGUUUGACUUUGAAGAUGAUCAGCACAAGAUCCCGUGCCACUGUGGUGCCUGGAACUGCAGAAAGUGGAUGAACUGAAGAGCAAAAACUAAACCAGACAAAAAGGAAAUGGCAGAGUCCGCUGGAGAAUGGAGUUUGCUGAAAGGAAAACCAAAUUUGUUUCUCUUUGAAGAAGGAAAUAAAACAAAACAGGACCUCUGAUUUUUUCUGGAGUGCAAAGGAUUGGGCUCUUAAUCAUGUGAAAUAAACCUCCUCUUAAUAUAUAUAUUGUUUUCUUUCAGUAAUACUCCUGUCCCAAGGGCUGUGUAUAGGAUUUGGCCAUGUUUUCUUUAUAUAUCAACAGUCCAAGAGCAAGGCAAAUCUCAGAAAGGCACUUUGUUGAAUCUAAACACUCCUUCAGUGCUGAAUUCUAUUCGUUUUUCCAUUUCGGAAGCUUUGGGGAAGGAUUCUGUACAGAGAGGAACUUUAAUGCUAGCUCACCUAGUCUGCAACACAUUUUACUGAGAGGGGAUUUUAAACAAGAAAACAUAAGAACUAUUUUUAAUAAAUAAACACAUUAAUUCAUUAACUUGGUUUCUCAAACUGGUCUUUGUCUGUCCUCCACUGAAAUGACUAAACCGGACACAGCAGAGGGACUAUUAUAAUUUUUUUUUUUUUUUUUUUUAAUUCAGCUAGACAAUCCCGAAACUGAACGUGGCUCCAAAUAAUGUAAAAUACAGAUUAUUAUUAAUAAUAAUAAUAAUGGUGAAAAUAAAGUAUGGACUUGGUGAUGAUUGUGUGUAGUAGUUGAAGAUGGGUGUCUAUACCCAGCCUACCUCAUACUGUGUGUUUUUGGAAUCUUGUAGCUUCACGUGACACUUGGACUGCUUGGAUUUUUUGGGGGGUGGGGGGUGGAGGUUGGGGAGGGGUCAUGGCUGUUCGGAGAAGCAGGGGAGAAAUACAAGCAGCAGGCUUUUUUUUUUUUUUUUCCACAUUACGCACAAACAGAUGGACUUGAUUGCAGUUCUCAUGAAGGGGGAGGCGGGAGCAGAUUGCUAAGCUCUGUUCCUCCAUCGUGGAUCUUGCUGAGUUGACCCAUGCAGGUGGAGGUAUACAGAGCGCCUGCUCUCCCUCCCUGUUUUGGAAGUUAACUCCGAAGGGAAGGCCUUGCACUGACUGGUGUCUCCCCUUGGCUCUCGUCCUUUUGUAUAUUUACUGUACUAUACAUUUUGCCACUGAUUAAAGCCCUCCCACAAGAGGGAGUAGAGGGGGAGAGAGAGAGACCUGCUGAUGGCAUCGGGCUUUUGGUGGUGAAAAGUGAAAAGGGCAUUUUAUUUUUUUUAAAUAAUUUAAAUUACGAACGGGGGAGGAUGCCGACGACUACGUUGUUGCUGCCGAACCUGGUCGGUAUAAAAUCAAAAUGUAAUAAUAAAAAAGCUGCAGAGUGUACAGAUUGUAAAUAUUCGGGGACAAACACUUGGCCCUUUUUAACCGAUUUUAAAAUAACAAUAUAAUAAACCAGCCACUGGAUAUCAUUUUUAUUAAAGAAAGAAAAUAUAGUAAACCUUGAUAAUGUGUAUAUGAACUGAGUUUUUUGCAUUUUACUAUUUUUUAUUUCCUUUUUUUUGUUUUGCUAGAAGCUUGUAAAGGCUGCCUGUAUAUUUCUGCUGACAAAUUAAUAUUCGUCAAUGAUGUGAGAUUGAGACUAAGCUGGGAGGUGAUUUGAGUUUAUUUUUGUGGGGAAAGGAGGGAUUUGUGGAAAAGUAUCCCAACAUUUUGUGUGUGCUAUUUUUUUUUUUUUUAACAUAGAAUGUUCUGGUACCAGGAGACUGUGUGUGUGUGCUGGUAUCGAAUGAUACCAAAGUGGGUUGGCUUUUGCACAUUUGAGAUUGUUCACCAUCUUUUAUCCAAACCCCUCCCCCCCCCAAAAAAAAAUUAAGACCCCAUUGUUUGUCAUUUAAAUAUAUUUAACUUUAUAAUUAAAUUGUCUAUUCAUCCCAAAAAUCCCCCCCCCCCCUUUUUUUUUUUUUUUUUUAAAUAUGCAGUAAUUCAUUUUAACUCUGAGAACAUAAGCUGGUGACACAAGGUGAGUAAUCGCCAGAAGUUUAAUUCUGAACUGUUAUGAUUUAUUAAUUCCAACUAAUCAUGUGAAUCCAUUUGAAUUUUGUGAUUAAAGACGGUUUUGUCGGACACUUGGCCUGUAUGAUUGCGUUUUUAAAUAUAUAUAUUUUUAAUCUAAUUUAAACUCCUGGAUAAAUUUUACUUUAAAAAUCCAUAAUGCCGGGAUUUUAAGCAUUACACUUUAUUUUCUUUUUGGUUUAUUUUAUAAAUAUAUAUAUAUAUAUUGUGUUGUGUCGAUUCUGUAUAGCAGGGUUACAUUUAGGAAAGAGAGAGAAAAUGAUCAUUUUUAUUGUAUGUGGCAUGUUUUGUAUGGAUAUAAUUUGAAUUGUAUAUAAUUUAUGUUUGGCGACGCGAGAGGCUGUAUACCUCUCUCCGCUUAGUUUCUUGUAAAGGAAAAAUAAAAUGCAUUUUAAAUAUA